CGCGGUGUGAGCAGCUCCGACGCGCUGGCUCCAAGCUCCUUCCAUGCUCCAGCCCCAUCCCUGGGGCUGGGGGGUUCAGCUCCUCCUGGGAGGAGGUUUUUAGGGAUGGGGAGAGGGUGGGAGGUGAGGCAGGGAGCUCCCCGGGUACUGCCCACACCGUCCUGCCCAGGAGGUUUUUGCCUGCUCCUGGGUUCAGGCACAAGCCUGGCGGCUCUCCUCGGCAGCCUCCUUGCUCUGUGCCUCAGUUUCCCUCUCUGGGAAACAGAGGACAGUGGAGAAGCCCCAGCAGCAGGGAACAUGGCUGAGCAGCCCCCAGGCCCCGUGCCAGGGCAGUGAUGCCCACGGGCUCUGCCCCAAGGCACCAAGUGAGUUUAGGAUUGACCCAUCCCAGGCCGAGCUGCCCCGCAGAGGAGCAGACAGAGCAAUGAGGGGAGCUCCUGCAGGGCCCAAUCCCUCCGCAGCAACUAAAGCAACCCCUGCUCAGUGUGCUCGAGAGCCCUGCUUCCCCUCUAGGGCCUGAGAGCAGCAAAAUGCAGCUGUUAGCUGGCUGUCCCCUGCUCCCACUGCAAACCCUGGGGACCCCGGUAGCGGUGUCCCCGCUCUGUCCUGGCACCGCCAUGUCCCCGCAGGGCCAGCUGGUGUCCCCAGGACAGCACAGGGGGCAGGUGCGGAGGGGCUGGGAUGGAGCCACGUGAUGAGCACAGCGCUGGGGUUUUUAGGGGAGGCUGCAUGACCCCGGAGGAGUGUCUGCCAGCCUCACGGGAGGCAGGACCACAGCAGCACCUGGCCCCGUCCCCACAAGCCACAGCCAUGUCCCGAGCAGCCGUGGGGAGCGGUGUGGUGCCACGGGGAUCCCCCGAUGGCUUGGAAGGGGAGCUGGACACGGGGGCUGCGCCCCAGGUGUGCCGGGGGCAGGACCUGUGGGACCCCAAGGGGAGGGAAGCAGCCGCCCACCUGGGGGAGGCUGAAGAGAUGAAGGUGAGGAAGAGGAGCCGGCCAGCGCGCUCCAAAGCCAGGAGGAUGGCCGCCAACGUCCGAGAGCGCAAGAGGAUCCUGGACUACAACCAAGCCUUCAACGCCCUGCGGCUGGCCCUCAAGCACGACCUCAGCGGCAAGAGGCUCUCCAAAAUCGCCACCCUCCGGCGAGCCAUCAGCCGGAUCGCGGCUCUGUCCCUGUCCCUGCACGGCGCCGCGCGCUGCUGGCCCUGCGCCCACUCCGAGUGCCGCGGGCAGGGCGCGAGGGACGGCCACCACCGGCUCCCCGGUGCCACAGGCUAUGGGGGAUAUUCCCCCGAGAGCCAGCUCCAGCACCACGAGAACCCGAAAGAGGAUCGCCUGGCAGCCAGCCCUGCGUUUUAUCCCGUUGGGAGCCACCAGCUCGGGCACCGGAGCAGCUGCCAGCAGAAAUACGUGGGCAGCCUGAGAGCCCCCCCGGCGGCACCGCUCCCCUGGCAGCUGGGGGGGCUCCAGAGCUCAGGCUACCAGCGCCUCCCCAUCCACUGACCCUUCAGGCUGGGAAGGCGAGACAGUGCCAGGAAGGUAACGCAGCCGAGUGACAAAUGGGGCAGCGGGAAGGGACCUGGGCAGGAGAGAGGUGGGCUCGGCGCGGUGCCCGGCUGUGCUCACUGCUCUGCAGGAGAGCUCGGAGCUGGGGGACGUGGAAAACUGUUUUCUGCUCGAGGAAUCUCUGUGUUUCUUUGUUGUGAGCUUUCCCUGCUGCAAGUUGUCACGAUUAUUUAUUCUCUCUUGCUUGCUUUGUGAGAAAACACGAGUUCAAAGCCCAGCAUCGGGGCGCUGCCUGUUAAUGCGUGAGGUGGGCAGAUGGGCCGUGCGGCUCGCACUGAGGCUGCUGGCUGGAGGACAGCUCUGGCUGAUGGA